AUGGAAGAGCAGGUGUGCAGGCAGAGCAGCAGCAGCAGCAGUCGUUGGAGCCCAACAAGCGAGCAGAUAAGGAUCCUCAAAGAGCUUUACUACAACAAUGGUGUACGUUCACCCAGCGCAGACCAGAUUCAGAGGAUCUCAGCCAAGCUCCGCCACUAUGGAAAGAUCGAGGGCAAAAACGUCUUUUACUGGUUUCAGAACCACAAGGCUCGUGAGCGCCAGAAGAAGCGCUUCACCGCCACCCAACACUCACACCCACACCCAUCAACCCUUCUCUACACCACUAACCCACCUCUCAAUUUCCCUUCUUCCUCUUCUCCAGCUUUCCUCACUCGACCAAAUUAUGGUUAUGGCGACACCUUCCGGGAAUGUACAAUCAACCAAAGCAACAGUGCAAAUAUGGGGGGCGGCGGCGGCGGCGGCGGCGGCAACUUUAAAUGGAUAGGUCAUACUCAUCAUGUUGAUCCCUACUCCACUUCGGCCUAUCCUUUUCUCGAGGACCCUAAACGAUAUUACACAAAUACCCCUCAAACCCUAGAACAUCAUGAUGAUGAAGAAGAUGAGGAGAGAGAAACCCUUCCCCUCUUCCCAAUGCACGGCGACAUCAAGCACUCCCACUCCCACUCCCAGGAGAUUAAUUAUGAUUAUAACAAUAAUUAUAAUUACUUGAGUGCUGCAGGGUGGCACCACCAUCAGCGCCGCCCGGAAGAUUCCAUUGCCGCCUCAAGGACUUCGCUCGAGCUCACCCUCAACUCCUACACCUCUUAA